AUGGCCGACCGGUUCGGGUGGUGCACGUGGGACGCCUUCUACCUCACCGUCGACCCGGCGGGAGUCUGGCAGGGCGUGUCAGAGUUCGCCGACGCCGGCGUGCCCCCGCGGUUCCUCGUCAUCGACGACGGAUGGCAGAGCCUGAACCGCGACGAUGACCCGCCGCACCAGGACGCGCCGGGACUCGUGCUCGGCGGCGAACAGAUGACCGCGCGCCUGUACCGCUUCGACGAGUGCCCGCGCUUCCGCGGGUACAGGGAGGGCGCCCUGAUCCGCCGCCCGCCGGAACUGUUCUACGACGCGAGCAUGCCCAAGGCCAUCGUGCGCAAGGCCAGGGAGAUCGAGAACGCCGGGAAGGCGAAGAAGAAGGCGGCGCAGGGUGGCGCCACCGAUCUCUCCAGCUUUGACGCCAAGAUCGCGCAGCGCCUGCGACGGCCACGGCGAAUUGCGCUUGAAGGCGUUCCUGAAGGACAUGAGGCGCAGGCGCUGUGCGGCGCGUGGGGCGGGGUGCGCCCCGGAGCGACGCACCUGGACGCGCGAGUCGUGCCGGCGCGGCCGUCGCCAGGGCUGGCAGGCACCAUGGACGACCUCGCCGUGGACCGCAUCCUCGAGGGCGGUAUCGGGCUGGUGCGCCCCGACCAGGCCGGCGACCUCUACGAGUCAAUGCACUCGUACCUCGCCAGCGCGGGCGUCACCGGCGUCAAAGUCGACGUCGUGCAGAUGCUGGAGUACGUCUGCGAGGAGCACGGCGGGCACGUUGAGGUCGCCAAAGCCUACUACGACGACCUGUCCAGUGCCGGAGUGAAGGAAGAACCGGAGCAGGGAGGCGUAGCCCACGCCCACGGCGGCGGAGGAUCACACGAAGAAGCCGCGGCGGCCGAGCAGGCAAGCCAAGCCUUGGAGCGGCCGCGGAUCACCAUCAGCGUCGACGUGAGCCUGCUCCACUGCGCCGUCGCCGAGUGCCACCGCCCCCUCAAGCCUCCCGUAGUCAAGAUAGGAAUGGGCGGCCAGAUUUCCAGCAACCGUAGAGAGAAGUUCUCUGGCCAACUGCAGAUGAUCUCAUUCCCGGACUGGGACAUGUUCCAGUCCGACCACGCUCGCCGCGCCUUCCACGCCAGCGUCCGGGCCCAUCUGCGGCGGCCCGUCUUCACGUCGGCGACUUCCUCAGCAGCCACGACUUCGCCUUUGCUCAGCGGCUCGUCUUCCCCGACGGCACCGUGCCCAGGUGCCUGCACUAUGCUCUCCCCACCAGACCGCCUCUUCAAAAAUCCGCUCUUUGAUCAGCAGGCUGUCCUCAAGAUUUGGAACCUGAACAAGUUUGGAGGGGUCAACUGCCAGGGAGCAGGGUGGGACCCGGUGGAGCACCGUGUCCGAGGCUACUCACACUGCUACAAGCCAGUCUCCGGCAAUGUCCAGCCUGCCGACGUUGAGUGGGGCCAGAGGGAAGACACGUCGGCCAUGGUAAAAGCUGCAUCAUACGCAGUCUACCGAUGCCAAACCGAGGAGUUCCUCCUGAUGACACCAGGUUCAGAACCCAUCCAGUUCACCCUCCAGCCAUCGUCCUUUGAGCUCUUCACGUUUGCUCCGGUCACAACCAUCGUCGGUGGUGCCGCCAAAGCAUGCUUUGCGCCGAUCGGGCUGGUUGACUUGCUAAACUGUGGAGGCGCCAUCGUUGAUGUUGAGCACAGCAGUGGAAGCGAGGUGAGGGUGAAGGUGAAGGGUGGAGGACGGCUGCUGGUGUACUCUGAUGUGGAACCAAAGAAGAGCCUGGUGGAUGGCUGUGAGGCUGAAUUUGAAUGGGAAAAUGGCGGGAAGCUGUUGGUCGAUGUGACGUGGAACCAGAAGGAUGGUGUCUCUGAUGUGGUCUUCUUUUUCUAG